AAGGAGUCCUCAGAGCCUCUCCUGCAAGGCAGCAACCCAAACCCGAGGGUGGAACUGGAGUUCUGGAAGAACAGGUGUGAUGACCUGGAGGGCAUUUACAGUCAGCUGACAUCGAGGAAGGUCAGGAACAUGCUGGAGGUGCUGGAGAGAGUGCAGAGCAUCUACGUGCCAGCCUUCCAAAACAUGCUCAUGGACGUUGAGGCAGCUCUGAGCGAGGCUCAGGACAUCGACCUGCACCUGACACCCCUCCAGCAGCCCCUGGAGGACAUAGAGGCUGCUGAGUUCAGCAAGGUGAAGCCUCUCCUGGUCCCUCUGCUGCACGCGGUGUGCUGGAUCUGGGUCACCUCCAAGCACUACAGCGUGCCCUUGCGCAUCGUGGUGCUGCUCCAGGAAAUCUGCAACCUUCUCAUCCAGCAGGCCGUGGUGUACCUGUCUCCAGAAGACCUUCUGAAAGGAGAGAUGGAAGAGAGCCUGGGCAAGGUGCAAACAGUGUUUGACAUCCUGAAUGCCUUCAAAGGGGCGGUCGAGGAGAGACGGGAAAACCUGCACGUGUAUUAUGAGCCAGGCCAGGAAGUGAGGAAGUGGGACUUCCACACCAGGCUGGUGUUUGCAAGGCUGGACAGCUUCCUGAAGAGGCUGGAGAUGGUGAAGGGCCUCCUGACCACGGCUCUGGACCUGACACAGCUGGAGAAGAUGGAGUUUGGCGGGAUGAAAGGGAAGGCCCUGGGCCAGCAGGUGCUGGACAUGUACGAGGAGUUCCAGGAGGGGUACCAGGUGUUCUCAGAGCGAACCUACGACUGCCUGGACCUGGCCAAUGUGGAGUUUGAGCAGGAUGCCUUGGCUUUCCAGCGUCAGGUAGAGGACAUUGACCGUCGGCUGGGCACUGUGUUCACCCAGGCCUUCAGUGACGCCGCAGACCUGGAGCACAUCUUCAAGCUGCUGGCCAUGUUCCGGAACCUUCUGGAGCGCCCUGUGAUCGCUGCAGCUGCUGCUGACAAGGUCCCCGUCCUCCUCAGCAUGUUCAGCUCUGCCCUGGACCAGGCCAGGCUCAUCUACGCCGGGCACACCCAGGCGGGGCUGCAGCUCGGGUUCCCCCCCCUGCACAAGAACGUCCCUCCCGUGGCUGGAGCGCUGGGCUGGGCGCGGGAGCUGCGGGCGCGGAUCCGGGGGCCCUUGGAGCGCUUGAGGCACAUCCCACGGCUGAGCCUGGACUCUGCCCGUGGAAGAAGGGUGGUGCAGAAAUACGAAGAAAUGAUCCGGCUGCUCGACAGCUAUCAGGAAAAGCUCUAUUUAGACUGGUCCCAGACAGUCUCAGAAAAAUCCCAGUACAACCUCACUCAGCCACUCAUCCGGCGGGACCCACAAACCAAACUGAUCAAGGUCAAUUUUGAUCCCCAGCUGGUGUCGGUGCUGAGGGAGGUGAGCUACCUGUGGGGCAGCGGGGCAGGAGCCAUCCCUCCGGCAGCAGCUGAGGUCUAUUCCUGCAAGGAAUCCUUCCGGCAGCUGGUGGCCAGCCUGGAGCUGAUGGGGAACAGCUACAACAAGGUCCUGAGGACGGUGCUGGAGGUGGAAUAUCCUCUGGUGCAGGGGCAGCUGCAGGACAUCGACUUGAAGCUGAAAGAGGCAGAAGAAACACUGACCUGGAAGAUGGAGGGUGUCUGGGAUCACAUCUCCGGGGUGAUGGGGGAUGUCUGUGAUCUGGAGCAGAGGGUGCAGAGAGCCAAGGACAAUGCUGAGGAGAUCCAGAGCAUCGUGCACUCGUGGGGGUCGCCCAUAUUCGAGAGGAGGGAUUCCAAAAGGGAGUCAGUGCUGAGCCUGGAGGAGUGCCAGGAGCGCCUGGAACGGCGCUGCAGCCUCGUCAGGGAGUCCGGGCAGAGGAUCCACUCGCUGGUGAAGGAAAACCAGAGCCUCCUACUUGCCAACCCAGCAUCUGAUGCCUGGAAGGCGUAUUUGGAUUAUGUGGAUGAGAUAGUCCUGGAUGGAUUCUUCACUGCCAUCGAGUGCUCACUCAAGAACCUCCUGGAGAACACAGACCCCAAGGCAGGCCUCGCUCCCCUGUUUGAGGUGCAGCUGGAUUUGGUGACCCCGGAUUUGGUGUUUCACCCUCCCUUGGACCCUGGUGCCAAGGGUGGCUUCUGUGACAUGGUGGAAAGUCUCCUCAACGGCAUCUACCGCAUCUCCUCGCUGGUGCCCCGGCUGGCCGCGCACAGCGGCUUCUGCCACUACCAGGCUGACCUGGAGGCCGUGUCUGACCUGUCUGGGAUGCGCCAGGAGCUGCUGAGCCGCGCUCAGGCCGCGGCGGGCGCGUGCCGCGAGCACCGCGCGGGGCUGGAGCGCUACUCGCACCUGUACGGGGAGGACAGGAGGGAGCUGUGCCGCCAGUUCCUGCUCUACGGCCGCGUCCUCACGGCCGCCGACAUCGAGGCCCAGGGCGAGGUCGGGGUCCCCGAGGUGCCGCCCACGCUGCAGCAGUUCAGGGAGCAGAUCGGCUCCUACGAGCAGCUCUACGAGGAGGUGACGCGCAUGCAGCCCGUCAGCACCUUCCAGGGCUGGCUGAGGCUCGAUGCCCGGCCUUUCAAGGCAGCCUUGCUCAAUGAGAUCAAAAGGUGGAGCUUGGUGUUCAAGCAGCACCUCCUGGACCACGUCACGCACAGCUUGGCUGACCUGGACGAGUUCAUCCAAACUGCCGAGAGAGGUUUGAGCAGAAAGGUGGAGAAAGGUGACUAUGGUGGCUUGGUGGAAGUCAUGGGGCACCUGCUGGCUGUGAAGGAACGUCACAGUGCCACUGAUGCCAUGUUUGAGCCCCUGAAGGAAACCAUUGAGCUGCUGAGGGCCUACGAGCAGCAGCUGCCCGAGGAAGUCCACCAGCAACUGGAGGAGCUGCCGGAGAAGUGGAGCCAGGUGAAGAAGCUGGCUCAGGCCGUGAAGCAGCAGGUGGCCCCUCUGCAGGCCAGCGAGGUGACAGCGCUGCGCCAGAGCUGCGCCGCCUUCGACGCCCAGCAGCUGCGGCUCCGGGAGCGCUUCGGGAGGGAAGCUCCCUUCAGGUUUGACACCGAAAAGCCUUAUCAACUGCUGGAUGCAAAGCACAUGGAGAUUAAACAGAUGGAGUCAGCCAUGACCUCGAUUUAUGAAUCAGCCGGUCUGUUUGAAGUCACGGUGCCAGAGUAUAAACAACUGAAGCAGUGCAGGAAGGAGCUGUGUCUUCUCAAAGAGCUCUGGGACAUGAUCUCCCUGGUGAACACCAGCCUCGAUGACUGGCAGACCACCAAAUGGGUGGAUAUUAACGUGGAGAACAUGGAUCUGGAGUGCAAAAAGUUCGCAAGAGAGAUUCGGAAUCUGGAUAAGGAGAUGAGGGCGUGGGAUGCUUUCAGUGGGCUGGACAGCAAGGUGAAGAACAUGCUGGCAGCCCUGAAGGCUGUGGCAGAACUGCAAAAUCCUGCCAUCAGGGAGAGGCACUGGAACCAGCUGAUGCAGGUGACGGGCGUGAGGUUUGUGAUGGACUCGGACACCACCCUGGCUGACCUCCUCAAGCUCAACCUGCAUCAGUUUGAGGGGGAGGUCCAUGGCAUUGUGGACAAAGCGGUGCGAGAAAUGAGCAUGGAGAAGGUGCUGAAGGAGCUGAGGGUGACUUGGAGCUCCAGGGAGUUUCAGUAUGAGCCUCACCCCCGCACCAACAUCCCCUUGCUGAGAUCAGAUGAGGAGCUCAUUGAAACUUUAGAAGACAACCAGGUGCAGCUGCAGAAUUUAAUGUCAUCCAAGUACAUCGCUUUCUUCCUGGAGGAGGUGUCUGCCUGGCAGAGGAAGCUCUCCACCGCCGACUCCAUCAUCUCGCUCUGGUUUGAGGUGCAGCGCUCGUGGUCUCACCUGGAGAGCAUUUUCAUAGGCUCAGAAGAUAUCCGGGCACAGCUUCCCCAGGACUCCAGGCGCUUUGAAGGGAUUGAUGUGGAUUUUAAAGGACUGGCCUAUGAAGUUCAGAAAACUCCAAACGUUGUUGAGGCCACCAAUAAACCAGGUCUGUCCCAGCAGCUGGAGGACAUCCAGAGUAGGUUGUCUCUGUGUGAGAAGGCUUUGGCUGAAUAUUUGGACAUGAAAAGGUUGGCCUUCCCCAGAUUUUACUUCAUUUCUUCUGCAGAUUUACUGGAUAUUCUUUCCAACGGCACCAACCCCCAUCUGGUGCAGCGUCACCUUCCCAAACUCUUUGACAACUUGGCCAAGCUGAAAUUCCAGGUGGACUCUGAGCAGAAGACAACCAAGAUUGGGCUGGGAAUGUACAGCAGAGAGGAGGAAUAUGUCCGGUUCAGUGAGCCCUGUGACUGCAGCGGGCAGGUGGCUCUCUGCUGCACCCAGAUCUGGUGGACAGCUGAGGUGGGCAUGGCCUUCUCCAGGAUGAAGGAAGGCUACGAGAAGGCCAUGAGGGAGUACCACAAGAAGCAGGUGGCCCAGCUGAACACCCUGGUGACGAUGCUGCUGGGGCAGCUCUCCAAGGGCGACAGGCAGAAGAUCAUGACCAUCUGCACCAUCGACGUGCACGCGCGGGACGUGGUGGCAAAGAUGAUAGCACAGAAGGUGGACAGUGCCCAGGCGUUCCUGUGGCUGUCGCAGCUGCGGCACCGCUGGUCGGACGAGGAGCGGCACUGCUUGGCCAACAUCUGCGACGCCCAGUUCCUGUACUCCUACGAGUACCUGGGCAACACCCCUCGGCUCGUGAUCACCCCCCUGACCGACAGGUGUUACAUCACCCUGACCCAGUCUCUGCACCUGACCAUGAGCGGGGCCCCUGCGGGCCCUGCUGGCACCGGCAAGACAGAGACCACCAAGGACUUGGGCCGUGCCCUGGGCAUCAUGGUGUACGUGUUCAACUGCUCCGAGCAGAUGGACUACCAGUCUUGUGGGAAUAUUUACAAAGGCCUUUCCCAGACAGGAACCUGGGGCUGUUUUGAUGAAUUUAACAGGAUCUCAGUCGAGGUCCUUUCUGUGGUUGCUGUACAGGUGAAGAGUGUGCAGGAUGCCAUACGGGAGAAGAAGAAAUCCUUCAAUUUUCUUGGAGAAGACAUUAAGUUAGUCCCCUCAGUCGGGAUUUUCAUCACCAUGAACCCUGGUUAUGCAGGACGAACCGAGCUGCCUGAGAAUUUAAAAGCUCUCUUCAGGCCCUGUGCGAUGGUUGUGCCAGACUUCGAGCUGAUCUGUGAGAUUAUGUUGGUGGCCGAGGGCUUCCUCGAGGCCCGGGCCUUAGCCAGGAAGUUCAUCACGCUGUACCAGCUCUGCAAGGAGCUCCUGUCCAAGCAGGAUCACUACGACUGGGGUCUGCGGGCCAUCAAGUCAGUGCUGGUGGUGGCCGGCUCCCUCAAACGUGCGGACCCCGAGCGGCCGGAGGAGCAGGUCCUGAUGCGCUCCCUCCGUGACUUUAACAUCCCCAAGAUCGUGACAGACGAUGUGCCAGUGUUCAUGGGGCUGAUUGGGGACCUGUUCCCUGCGCUGGAUGUGCCUCGGAAGCGUGACCUGGCUUUCGAGGCCGUGGUGAAGGAGGCUGUGCUGGAGCUCCGGCUGCAGCCUGAGGACAACUUUGUGCUCAAAGUGGUGCAGCUGGAGGAGCUGCUGAGUGUCCGGCACUCUGUGUUCGUGGUGGGCUCUGCAGGCACGGGCAAGUCUCAGGUGCUGAGGUCCCUGCACAGGACCUACCAGAGGAUGAAACGCCGUCCUGUCUGGACAGACCUCAACCCCAAGGCCGUCACCAAUGACGAGCUUUUUGGCGUCAUUAACCCAGCAACAAGAGAGUGGAAAGAUGGACUGUUUUCAUCAAUCAUGCGAGAGCUGGCCAACAUCUCACAUGAUGGUCCCAAGUGGAUGGUACUGGAUGGAGAUAUUGAUCCGAUGUGGAUUGAAUCUCUUAACACUGUGAUGGAUGAUAAUAAGGUGCUGACCCUGGCCAGCAAUGAGAGGAUCCCUCUGAACCCCACGAUGAGGCUGCUGUUCGAGAUCAGCCACCUGCGCACGGCCACCCCGGCCACCGUGUCCCGGGCAGGGAUCCUUUACAUCAAUGCCUCGGAUCUGGGCUGGAAUCCCCCUGUGAGCAGCUGGAUUGACCAGCGAGAGGUCCAGUCUGAGAGAGCCAACCUGACCAUUCUGUUUGACAAGUACCUGCCCGUCUGCCUGGACACCCUCAGGACCAGAUUUAAGAAGAUUAUUCCCAUUCCUGAGCAGAGCAUGGUUCAGAUGCUGUGCUACCUCCUGGAAUGCCUCCUGACAGAGGAGAACACCCCUCCCGACUGUCCCAAGGAGCUUUAUGAACUUUACUUUGUCUUUGCUGCUGUCUGGGCCUUUGGUGGAUCCAUGUUUCAGGACCAGCUCGUGGACUACAGAGUGGAGUUCAGCAAGUGGUGGGUGGCAGAAUUCAAGACGAUCAAGUUUCCUUCUCAGGGCACAGUCUUUGACUUUUACAUUGAUCCGGAAACAAAGAAGUUUGAGCCUUGGUCUAAACUUAUUCCCCAGUUUGAAUUCGAUCCAGAGAUGCCACUGCAGGCCUGCCUGGUGCCCACGGCCGAGACGGUUCGGGUGAGGUUCCUCGUGGCCAGGCUGCUGCAGCGCCGGCGCCCCGUGCUGCUGGUGGGCACUGCUGGCACGGGCAAGUCGGUGCUGCUGGGGGACACGCUCUGCUCCCUGGACACCGACAGGUACCUGGUGAAGAAGGUCCCCCUGAACUACUACACCACCUCUGCCAUGCUGCAAGGUGUGCUGGAGAAGCCUCUGGACAAAAAGGCUGGCAGGAACUACGGCCCUCCAGGCACCAAGAGGCUCGUGUACUUCAUCGACGACCUGAACAUGCCUGAGGUGGACGCCUACGGGACCGUGCAGCCCCACACGCUGCUCAGGCAGCACCUGGACUAUGGCCACUGGUACGACAGGAGCAGGCUGUCCCUGAAGGAGAUCAGCAAUGUGCAGUACGUGUCCUGCAUGAACCCCACUGCGGGGAGCUUCACCAUCAACCCCCGGCUCCAGCGUCACUUCUGUGUCUUCGCCCUCUCCAACCCUGAUCAGGAGGCCUUGUCCAGGAUCUACAGCACCAUCUUAGUGCAGCACCUGGCCAGUGGGAAUUUCACAGAGCCUGUGCAAAAAUCAGCCCAGCAGCUCAUUGCCCUGGCCCUGGGGCUGCAUCGGAAGGUGGCUGCCACUUUCCUGCCCACAGCUGUCAAGUUCCACUACGUUUUCAACCUCAGAGACUUCUCCAAUAUCUUCCAAGGCCUUCUGUUCUCUACCCCUGAAUGUCUGAAGCAACCCCAGGACCUGGUGAAGCUCUACCUGCACGAGUCAGAGCGGGUGUACCGGGAUAGGAUGGUUGAGGAAAUGGAUUACGACACUUUUCAUAAAAUCCAGCGGGAGAUGGUGAAGAAGUGCUACGACGACAUUGAGGACACUUUAGAGCAGGCCAAACGCAUGAAUAUUUACUGCCAUUUUGCCAAAGGCCUCGGGGAACCUGGCUAUAGGCCAGUUCCAACCUGGCAGGAGCUGAACCAGAUCCUCGUGGAAGCCUUGGACAACUACAACGAAGUCAACGCUGCCAUGAACCUGGUGCUGUUUGAGGAUGCCAUGUGCCACGUCUGCCGCAUCAACCGCAUCCUGGAGGCGCCCCGGGGGAACGCGCUCCUGGUCGGCGUGGGCGGCACCGGGAAGCAGAGCCUGACCCGCCUGGCAGCCUUCCUCAGCUCCCUGGAGGUCUUCCAGAUCACCCUGAGGAAAGGAUACGGCGUCCCUGACCUCAAGGCAGACCUGGCAAACCUGUACCUGAAGGCUGGGCUGAAGAGCGUGGGCUCCGUGUUCCUGCUGAGCGACGCGCAGGUGGCGGACGAGCAGUUCCUGGUGCUGGUGAACGACUUCCUGGCAUCAGGGGAAAUCCCGGAUCUCUUCCCUGAUGAUGAAGUGGAAAACAUCAUCAGCAGCAUGAGGAAUGAAGUCAGAGGCCGGGGGCUGGUGGACUCCAGGGAGAAUUGCUGGAGGUUUUUCAUCGAGCGCGUUCGGCGGCAGCUGAAGGUCGCGCUGUGCCUGUCCCCCGUGGGCCCCAAGCUGCGCCUCCGCAGCCGCAGGUUCCCGGCCCUGGUCAGCUGCACCACCCUCGACUGCUUCCAGCCGUGGCCCCGGGAGGCCCUGGAGUCCGUCAGCCUCCGCUUCCUGCGGGACAUGGACACCCUGCAGGAUUCAGUGAAAGAUUCAAUAAGCAAAUUCAUGGCUCACGUCCACAUCAGUGUCAACGAGAUGUCCCGGCUGUACCUGAGCAACGAGCGCCGCUACAACUACACCACCCCCAAGUCCUUCCUGGAGCAAAUCAAACUCUACCAGAACCUGCUGCUGAAGAAGGACAAGGAUUUAAAGGCAAAAAUGGAGCGGCUGGAGAAUGGCCUGGAGAAGCUCAAGAGCACUUCUGCACAGGUGGAUGAGCUGAAGGCCAAGUUGGCAGCCCAGGAGGUGGAGCUGAAGCAGAAGAACGAGGAUGCUGACAAGCUGAUCCAGGUGGUGGGUGUGGAGACAGAGAAGGUGAGCAGGAAGAAGGCGGUGGCCGAUGAGGAGGAGCAGAAGGUGGCCCUCAUCGCCCAGGAGGUCGAGCAGAAGCAGAAGGACUGUGAAGAGGACCUGGCCAAGGCUGAGCCUGCCCUGGCAGCUGCCCAGGCUGCUCUCAACACCCUCAACAAGACCAAUCUGACGGAGCUGAGGUCCUUUGGGUCACCUCCUUCUGCUGUCAGCAACGUCACCGCAGCCGUGAUGGUGCUGACGGCCCCAGCAGGGAGGAUACCCAAGGACAGGAGCUGGAAAGCAGCCAGAGUGGCCAUGGCCAGGGUAGACAGCUUCCUGGACUCCUUGAUCAAGUUCAACAAGGAGAACAUCCACGAGAACUGCCUCAAAGCCCUGCAGCCCUAUUUGCAAGACCCCAAGUUCAACCCCGAGUUCGUGGCCACCAAGUCGUCAGCGGCGGCCGGGCUGUGCUCGUGGGUGCUGAACAUCGUGCGCUUCCACCGCGUGUUCUGCGAGGUGCAGCCCAAGAGGCAGGCACUGGACAGGGCCAACGCCGAGCUGGCAGCAGCCCAGGACAAGCUGGCCACUGUCAAGGCCAAAAUCGCCCGCCUCAACGAGAACCUGGGCAAGCUCACGGCCAAGUUUGAGAAGGCCACGUCAGACAAACUCAAGUGCCAGCAGGAAGCUGAAGCCACAGCCUGCACCAUCGCCCUGGCCAACCGCCUGGUUGGGGGACUUGCCUCUGAAAAUGUCAGAUGGGCUGAGGCCGUGAAGGACUUCAAACAGCAGCAGAGCACCUUGUGUGGAGACGUCCUGCUGACCACGGCCUUCGUCUCCUACCUGGGCUACUUCACCAAGAAAUACCGCCAGGACCUCCUGGAUGGUGUCUGGAGGCCCUAUUUGCACCAGCUAAAAGUGCCAAUCCCUGUGACCCCGUGCCUGGACCCGCUGUCCAUGCUGGCGGACGGCGCGGCCGUGGCGGCGUGGCAGAACCAGGGCCUGCCGGCCGAGCGCACGUCCACCGAGAACGCCGCCAUCCUGAGCAGCUGCGAGCGCUGGCCCCUCGUGGUGGAUCCCCAGCUGCAGGGCAGCAAGUGGAUCAAAAGCACCCAUGGCGAAGGGCUCCGGGUGAUCCGAGCGGGGCAGAAGGGGUAUCUGGACACACUGGAACAAGCCCUGGCUGCUGGAGAGCUGGUUUUGAUUGAGAACCUGGAGGAAUCUGUGGAUCCAGUGCUGGGGCCGUUACUGGGGCGAGAAACAAUCAAGAAAGGCAGGUACAUUAAACUUGGGCACAAGGAGUGUGCCUUGCACCCUUCCUUCCGCCUCAUCCUGCACACCAAGCUGGCAAACCCCCACUUCCAGCCCGAGCUGCAGGCACAGUGCACCCUCAUCAACUUCUCCGUCACCCGCGACGGCCUCGAGGAGCAGCUGCUGGCGGCCGUGGUGAGCGUGGAGAGGCCUGACCUGGAGGAGCUGAAGUCAGAUCUCACAAAGCAGCAGAAUGAGUUCAAGAUCACCUUGAAAACAUUAGAGGACAACUUGCUCUCUCGGCUGUCAUCAGCAUCUGGUAAUUUCCUGGGAGACACAGCACUGGUGGAGAACCUGGAGACCACUAAAAGGACAGCUGCAGAGAUUGUGGAGAAGGUGCAGGAGUUUAAGGCGACAGAAGCCAGGAUUAACGAGGCCAGAGAGCACUACAGGCCCGCGGCCUGCCGCGCCUCCCUGCUCUACUUCACCAUGAACGAGCUGCACGCCAUCCACCCCAUGUACCAGUUCUCCCUGAAGGCGUUCCACGUGGUGUUCCAGAAGGCCCUGGAGAGGGCAGCUCCUGCUGAGAGCCUGGCGGGGCGGGUGCUGAGCCUCACUGACAGCAUCACCUUCUCCGUGUUCCAGUACACGGCACGGGGGCUCUUCGAGAGGGACAAACUGACCUUCAGUGCCCAGCUCACCUUCCAGAUACUUCUGAUGAAUAAAGAAAUCAACCCAGCAGAACUGGAUUUCCUGCUCAGAUACCCAGCACAGCCCGGAGUCACGAGCCCUGUGGAGUUCCUGUCUGACCACUCCUGGGGAGGAAUCAAGGCUCUCUCAUCCAUGGAGGAAUUCAGAAACCUGGAUCGGGAUAUCGAAGGGUCUGCAAAACGGUGGAAGAAAUUUGUGGAGUCGGAGUGUCCUGAAAAGGAGAGGUUCCCCCAGGACUGGAAGAACAAGUCAGCUCUGCAGCGCCUGUGCAUCAUGAGAGCCCUGCGGCCCGACCGCGUCCCCUGCGCCCUCAGAGAUUUUGUAGAAGAAAAGCUGGGCAGCAAAUACGUGGUGGGGAGAUCCCUGGAUUUUGCCACAACCUUUGAGGAAUCAGGGCCUGGAACCCCGAUGUUCUUUAUCCUGUCCCCAGGAGUGGACCCACUGAAGGAUGUGGAGAAACACGGGAAGAAACUGGGCUACACCUUCAACCACAGGAACCUCCACAACGUUUCCCUUGGGCAAGGCCAAGAGGUGGUGGCUGAACAAGCUCUGGACCUGGCUGCAAAGGAGGGUCACUGGGUCAUCCUUCAGAACAUCCACCUGGUGGCCAAGUGGCUGAGCUCUCUGGAGAAGAAGCUGGAGCAGCAUAGCGAGGGCAGCCACCGGGAUUUCCGCGUCUUCGUCAGCGCGGAGCCGGCGCCGUGCCCGGAGAGCCACGUCAUUCCCCAGGGCAUCCUGGAAAACUCCAUCAAAAUCACCAGCGAGGCCCCCACCGGCAUGCACGCCAACCUGCACAAGGCCCUGGACAACUUCAGCCAGGACACCCUGGAGAUGUGCAGCCAGGAGAAGGAGUUCAGGAGCAUCCUCUUUGCCCUCUGCUAUUUCCACGCAGUGGUGGCCGAAAGGCGCAAGUUCGGCCCCCAGGGCUGGAACCGCUCGUACCCCUUCAGCACCGGGGACCUCACCAUCUCUGUCAACGUGCUCUACAACUACCUGGAGGCCAGCUCGAAGGUCCCGUACGAUGACCUGCGCUACCUCGUGGGGGAGAUCAUGUACGGAGGGCACAUCACGGAUGACUGGGACAGGCGGCUCUGCAAAACCUACCUGGAAGAGUUUAUUAAGCCAGAAAUGCUGGAGGGAGAACUCUGCCUUGCUCCUGGAUUUUCCAUCCCAGGGAACAUGGACUAUAAUGGCUAUCACCAGUACAUAGAUGAUGCCCUGCCUGCAGAGUCUCCCCACCUGUACGGCCUGCACCCCAACGCCGAGAUCGGCUUCCUCACGCAGCGCUCGGAGCAGCUCCUGCGCGCGGUGCUGGAGCUGCAGCCCCGGGACGGCAGCGCCGGAGAAGGCGGAGUGGGGACCAGGGAGGAGACGGUGCAAACCCUUCUGGAACAGAUGCUGGAGAAGCUCACGGAUGAGUUCAACAUGGCAGAGCUGAUGGCAAAGGUGGAGGAGAGGACACCCUACGCUGUGGUUGCCCUGCAGGAGUGUGAGCACAUGAACGUCCUCACUGCCGAAAUCAGGCGCUCGCUGGCGGAGCUGGAGCUGGGGCUGAAGGGGGAGCUGACCAUGACCAGCGACAUGGAGAACUUGCAGAACUCCCUCUUCUUGGACACGGUGCCCGAGUCCUGGGUGAAGAGAUCCUACCCUUCCACGGCCAGCCUGGGCUCGUGGUUUGCCGACCUCCUGGCUCGCAUCAACGAGCUCGAGGCCUGGACCAGGGACUUCUCCUUACCCUCCACAUUGUGGCUUGGAGGGUUCUUCAACCCGCAGUCCAUCCUGACAGCCAUCAUGCAGACCACGGCCCGGAAGAACAAGUGGCCUCUGGACAAGAUGACGUUGCAGUGCGAUGUGACAAAGAAGAGCAGAGAGGAUUUUGCCAGUGCUCCUCGUGAAGGGGCCUAUGUCCAUGGGCUGUUCAUGGAGGGAGCACGCUGGGACACUCAGACCGGGAUAAUCACGGACGCCAGGCUCAAGGAGCUGACCCCGGCCAUGCCUGUCAUGUUCCUCAGGGCCGUUCCUGCUGACAAACAGGACACCCGGGGCAUGUACCCGUGUCCUCUGUACAAAACACGCCAGAGAGGGCCAACCUACGUGUGGACUUUUAACCUCAAAACGAAGGAAAACCCGUCCAAGUGGGUGCUUGCUGGUGUGGCCUUGCUGCUGCAGAUCUAAGGCACCAGCACAGCCCCUGGUCUGCAAAUCCCUCGCGAUGCCUUUGUCACAGAAUGCAACCAAUUAACUGCUGAGGGUAACCCAAGUUCCAUCUCUCUGAUGGAGUCCCAAGUUAUGUCCCCAGGGCUGUCUCUGUGUCCUGGGGAUGUGACCCAAAGAGGGCUGUGAGGAGGUGACGGAGGAGCAGAGUGACACAUGGCCCAGGGUCCUGGUGGCUGUAAAUCAAUAUCCUGUAAUUCUCACAUUGCUGCACUAGAAGAUCCCAGCCCAGAGCCUGACAUACCACACCCAGAGAGUGCUAAACUUAAAUCUAAUUUUUAUUUCUCCUCAUGAUCCAAAGUAGUUUUAAAACCAGCGGCCUUCUCCAAAACGCUUAGUCUAAUGACUUGUGAAAUUCUCCAGAAUUUAUUCUUUUCUCUCUGUGAGUGUUUCUUUGUCGUGUGUGUAAUGCUGGAAGCUGGGAGAUGAGCAGAUGUUGUGGUUAUGAGCUGUGUCUUUGCUAACACUCCUGUAAAUCUUAGAAACAUUGAAAAUGGUGUUAAUAUCCAGUGUGCUUAAUGGAAUCAACAGUGAAAGUACAGCACAGGGAUUAUUUAAGAGAAAUAUGUCAUGAUGAUAGAUAUUUACUAAUAAAAGUAAUUGUUCCUGGAA